GUACAGAGUCCUUAUCCAUGAAAUCAACAAGGUUCCCUAUAAAUACUGUAAAAAGGGAGCUCACCUCUCUACUCGAAGCUGCACAGUCGAGACAAGAUGGAGAAACUCUUGGUUUUCAUGGUGAUGCUUGCAUCUUGUUAUGCAGAUACACAAGAUCUUUCUGGCAAAGUCCUUGUCUUCCCGAGGGAGACUGCCACAGAUCACGUGAAACUGAUGACACCCAAAACAUCCUUGAGUGCAUACACCAUCUGUCUCAGAUUCAAGACAGAUCUCAGCAGGAACUACGUGCUCUUCUCUCUGGCCACACCGGCGAUGAUCAAUGAUAUUGUGCUCUUCAAGACAAAAGAUGACGGCGUUAUAAGGGUGCACACUCGAGAUGGUUUUGCAGACUUCAAGUCUCUGUCUUUUCCUCCCAACAACUGGCACACCAUGUGCACCACCUGGGACUCUCAAGAUGGCUUUGGUCAGUUGUGGAUGGAUGGCAAAUCCACCGAGAAGAAGUUUAUCCAUUCAGGGCAACCCAUCAGCGGCAAGCCCAUCUCCAUUCUGGGCCAAGAGCAAGACUCCUACGGGGGAGGCUUUGAUGCCACUCAGUCCUUUGUUGGCAUGAUCUCGCGACUUCACAUGUGGGACCGCGUCCUCUCUCCACAGGAGAUCCAAAACUACGAGGACGACUCAUGCUUCACCCCAGGGAACGUGUUCAACUGGAGAGCCCUCGAGCAUGAAGUAGUUGGCAACAUUUUGGUGGAGCAAGAGGUCAUGUAAAAGAAUCUAGCUGUGAAAUAGGAAUUGAAGUUGCCCGUUUUCUACAAAAGUUGAAAUACUGCAUUCACUUUUGUAGAAGACGCGUCCUUCCCAUGAAAAACGUUCAAAGAAUAAAAGAUAUUUCUCAUCCAGACAAAAA